AAAGAUUUGAUCUUCUUCUUCUUAAAAAGAAGAUAUAACGCACUAUCAUUUCUAUUUCUCUCCUGUCCACAUAUGCUUAUCUUCUCCUCUAUAUAUUUUUUCCUUCAAUCUCUGUGCGCAACGGUGUAAAGCGAUAGGGGUGUAGUUCCUGUUUCCGACUGGGAACUGAAGGAGGUGGUGCUGUUGCUGGUACUGAUUCUUCCAAUUUGGUCCUGGUUCGUGUGCUCUUUGCCUCUUUCUAAUCAUGGUGUCGUACGGUGCCUUGGCGGUGACAAUGGUGGUGGUCGUGGUUACAGUGCAGUGGUUGGGUUGCAACUUUGCAGAAGGGUAUCCGGAAGAAGACCUUGUGGUGAGGCUUCCUGGUCAACCAAAAGUCUUAUUUAGACAGUAUGCAGGUUAUGUCGAGGUUGACACCAAAACAGGCCGUAGCCUCUUCUACUACUUUGUGGAAGCAGCCACACAACCUGAGACCAAACCCUUAACCCUUUGGCUUAAUGGAGGUCCAGGUUGUUCAUCAGUUGGUGGAGGAGGUUUCACUGAGUUGGGUCCAUUUUACCCAACAGGAGAUGGUCGUGGCCUCCGCAUUAACUCCAUGUCUUGGAACAAAGCCUCGAACCUGCUUUUUGUGGAGUCUCCGGCAGGAGUUGGUUGGUCGUACUCCAACACAAGCUCUGAUUACAACACCGGGGACGAAACUACUGCAAAAGAUAUGCUUGUGUUCUUGAUAAGAUGGUUCAGCAAGUUUCCAGAACUGAAAGCUCGUGACUUCUUUCUCACCGGGGAAAGCUACGCAGGACAUUACAUACCUCAACUGGCUGAUGCUAUACUCAACUACAACAUACAGUCAAAAGGGUUCAAGUUCAAUGUCAAAGGCAUUGCAAUUGGGAAUCCACUUCUAAAGCUGAACACAGACUCUUCAGCUGUUUACGAGUAUUUAUGGUCGCAUGGCAUUAUUUCGGAUGAGCUUAGACUCCGAAUCUUCCGGCAAUGCGAUUUUAACAAUAUCCCAAACGCAAGCAACGAGUGCUUCAACGCAAUCGCUGAUGCCAGCGCCGUUUCCGAGUAUGUCGACGUCUAUGAUGUUCUCCGAGAUCUAUGCUACCCAUCUAUUGUACAGCAAGAGCUGAGGCUCAAGAAAAUGGCUACACACAUAAGCAUAGGCGUAGAUGUUUGUAUGACUUACGAAAGGAAGUUCUACUUCAAUCUCCCAGAGGUCCAACACGCUCUUCACGCCAACCGCACUCGUCUGCCUUACGAGUGGUCUAUGUGCACCAGCCGGGUAAAUUACCGUGGCAUUGACUUGAACAUCUCCAUGCUUCCGCUUCUUAAGAGAAUUAUACAGAACAAAACUCCUGUUUGGAUUUUCAGUGGCGAUCAAGAUUCUAUAAUUCCAUUUCUUGGUACAAGAACCAUCAUACGAGAACUUGCUCAUGAUCUUAACUUCAGUACCACACUUCCCUAUGGACAUUGGUACCACAGAGACCAGGUUGCCGGCUGGGUCACUGAGUAUGGAAAGCUAUUGACGUUUGCAACAGUGAGAGGAGCGGCUCAUAUGGUUCCCUAUGGGCAGCCCGCACGAGCUCUCCAUAUGUUUAGUUGCUUUGUGCGUGGACGAAGAUUGCCCAACAACACACAUUACCCCGACGAUGGGUAAAAAAGAGGAGAUGUCUCUUUAAUAAAAAGGAGUGUUUGACUUUGUUGGAUAAGUUUGGAUUAAUAAGUUUCCUUUUCUUUAAUAGUGUUGUGUUUAUCUAUAAAGAAUAGAAAAUAUGAUUUGUGUGAUUCCUAAUAGGUUUAGGAUAGUGUGAGUUAUAUAUAUGAAGAUGCAUUGUGUUGUUGCAUAACAUAUUGUGUGAGUGAUUGCUUUGUGAUUGAGCUUUGAUAUUUGAAUAAACAAGAGAAGGACUUCUUGUUA